AUGGACCAGUACAGCUUGGGGGACGAGGGCACCCUUCCAUCAGAGAUGCGUCUCCCGGCAUUUUCUGAGAGCCAGGGGCUCAACUGCAGCGACACCCUCAACCGGGACCUGGGUCCCAGCACGCGAGACCUGCUGUACUCUGGCCUGGGUAGUUUGGACCUGGAGCCCAACCUCCCAACACCUGACGUGCCUAACGAAGCACUGGAGGACAACUUGGAUGCCCUGUCCCUGUACUCAGGGAAGGACAGUGACUCCGUGAAGCUGCUGGAGGAGUAUGUAGAUCCGGAGUCUCAGACUUCCUUACAAGAACUGGGACUAGGCUCGCUUAAGAUGCCUAAAGAGGCCGAUGACGGAGGCAGGGCGGCCUCUGGGAGUGCGAGGAAAGGAAAGCGGCAGCACAGCUCCCCUCAGAACCCGCUUCUGGACUGCAGCCUCUGUGGGAAGGUGUUCAGCAGCGCCAGCUCACUUAGCAAGCACUACCUGACGCACAGCCAGGAAAGGAAACACGUUUGCAAAAUCUGCAGCAAGGCCUUUAAGCGUCAGGACCACCUGACCGGGCACAUGCUCACCCACCAGAAGACCAAGCCCUUCGUGUGCAUUGAGCAGGGCUGCAGCAAGAGUUACUGCGACUACCGCUCUCUGCGUCGCCACUACGAGGUCCAGCAUGGCCUGUGCAUCCUGAAGGAGGCCCCCCCGGAGGAAGAAGCCUGUGGGGACUCCCCCCACACCCAUGAAACGGCUGGUCAGCCAGCAACUGGUGGUGUACGGGCCCUGGUCACCCCGGAAGCCAGGUCACCUGGCUCCCUCUUACCCAACCGAGACCUCCUUCGCUGUAUCGUGAGCAGCAUCGUCCAUCAGAAGAUUCCUUCUCCUGGUCCAGCCCUGGCAGGGCCUUCAGACAGCAGUGAAGGGCGGAAUGCAGCCUGUCCCUGCCCACCCUCAUCAGGGUCCUGCACCCCUGCCACUGUCCCCGUGGCCCCAGGAACCCUGGGCCCUGAAGUUCCUGAGGACCCCCAUCCCCUGUGGAAGGAGCCGGUGGCCGAAGGCCUCACCACUGUCCACUCCAGGGCAGCAGAGAAUGGCGGCCCAGAGCGGGCCGAGUCGGAGCCUCCCCUGCUUCAGCUCCCGUCCUCCCUGGAAGGCUGGCCCGAGGGCAGCUCCCUGCCUGCUUGCUUGCCUCUGUUCCGAGGCCAAACAGUCCCUACUGGUCCACCACCAUCCGGCCACAACUUCCAAUGGCUCCGAAACCUGCCAGGCUGCCCCAAGAGCAAGGGAAGCAACGUGUUGGUGGUCCACAAGGCCCCUGGCAUGCCACCCCGUGAGGGCCCUGAGUCUGGCCCCGUGCCCAGCAGUACCUCCCCCGAGGGGCAGCUCUCACCCGGUUCCGGCCCCAGUCUGGAGGACUCCCUUCUCUUACCCCCCACACACCUGAAGGCACCUGGGGAAGCCUCCGGAGAUGCCAGAUACGCAGGUGGGGAAGAAGUGGCAUGGGCUUCCAAGAAAAGCACAUUUGACUGCGAUUCCUUCUCUUGGAGGAACCUGGGGGAGCCAGGCCUCCAGGAUGCCCAGAAGUCCAGUGGGCCCCCGUCGGAUGCCACACCACUCUUUCGGCAGCUGUUCUUGAAGUCUCAGGAGUCUCUGAUGAGCCACGAGCAAAUGCAAGUGUUCCAGAUGAUCACCAAGUCCCAGCGAAUCUUCUCCCAUGCCCAGGUGACGGCGGCUCCCUCCCAGCUGCCUGGGCCAGAGGGCAAGCCGGCCACCUUGAAGCCCCUGCAGGGGCCGUGGCCUCCGCAGCCCCUGCCACUGGCUUCUUUGGCUGAUUCUCUUCAUGCUGAUCCUGGAAACCCAGAACUUGAGGCAUCUCCAGCCCGCCGGAGAAAAACCACACCUGCAUUUCCCAAAGAGGCCUCUCCCAGUGGCAGCCGGCGUGACGCUAAGGGGGGACCAAAAGCGGGCCCUGCGCCUCCAUCCCUCUCCGUAUCAGCUCUGGACCCUCCUGGGAAUCCCAGUAUUUCCUCUCUGGCCAAGCAGUUGAGAUCUGUGAAAGGGACCUUGGAGCUGGGGGACAUCUUCCCCUCUGGGGGCCCACGGCAGGCCUUGGUGGGUGGGGACGAGCCACCAGGCACCCAGCUCCCUGGGAAGCAGGGCCAGGUGGAGAAUGGCUUGGCUUCUGGAACCACAAAAGGUGAAAAGGGCCCAGCAUGCUCCCGGGGCGGAGGCUACAGGCUCUUCUCCAGCAACCCCAGGGCCCAGCGUUUCUCAGGCUUCCGUAAGGAGAAGGUGAAGAUGGACAUAUGCUGUGCAGCUUCUCCCAGCCAGGUAGCCAUGGCUUCCUUCUCCUCCGCCGGGCCCCCAGUGGAUGCCCCCCGGGACUCCAAGUCCAAGCUGACGAUAUUCAACAGAAUCCAGGGUGGAAAUAUCUACAGGCUCCCCCAUCCGAUGAAGGAGGAGAGCAUGGCAGGAGGAUGUAACCAACAAAAUGGGGUCCCUCCAGACUGGGCGGAGUCAAGGAGCACUUUUGUCUGCAAGAACUGUAGCCAGAUGUUCUAUACGGAGAAAGGACUGGGCAGCCACAUGUGUUUUCACAGCGACCAGUGGCCAUCACCCCGAGGGAAGCAGGAGCAGCAGGUGUUUGGCACAGAGUUUUGCAGGCCAGCAAGACAGGUACUGCAGCCAGAGGGGGAUGGGCAGAGCCCCCCAGGAGCCAAGAAGGCCUUGGACAGCACAGCCUCCGCCUCUUUGGUGAUCCCCGUGUCGGUGUCUGUGGCUCCAGCCAGCCGGCCCCUGGGGAACUCGGCCAAGGGACAAGAGAAAGACGGGGAGGAAAGAGACAGCAAGGACAGCAACCAACACAGAAAGCGGAAGAAGCGGCCCCAGGCCAAGUCAUUGUUCCUCCCACCGGCACCAGUGACAUUUGGGGAGCCAGGUCUGGGAGGAUGCCACCAGAGCUGCCUGCGGUCCCCAGUGUUUCUGGUGGACCACCUCCUGAAGGGGUUGUUCCAGUGCUCUCCCUACACACCACCCCCCAUGCUGAGCCCCAUCCGGGAGGGGUCUGGGCUGUACUUCAACACUCUGUGUUCCACAUCCGCGCAGGCUGGGCCUGCCCAGCUCAUCAGCACCGUGCUUGACCAAGUGGAUGGUUCUUUUGGCAUCUGUGUGGUGAAGGACGACACCAAGAUCAGCAUUGAACCACACAUCAACAUAGGAAGCCGGUUUCAAGCAGAGAUCCCAGAGCUCCGACAGAGGUCACUGGCUGGAAUCGAGGAGCAUGUAGCAUCUCUGGUCUGGAAGCCGUGGGGAGAUGUGAUGACUAACCCAGAAACGCAGGAUCGAGUGACCGAGCUCUGCAAUGUGGCCUGCUCCAGUGUGAUGCCAGGUGGGGGCACCAACCUGGAGCUCGCUCUGCACUGUCUGCACGAAGCCCAGGGUGAUGUUCAGAUUGCCUUGGAAACCCUCUUACUCAGAGGACCCCAGAAGCCUCACUCUCACCCCCUGGCUGACUACCGCUACACAGGUUCAGACAUCUGGACCCCCAUGGAGAAGAGGCUCUUUAAGAAGGCAUUCUGUGCCCACAAGAAGGACUUCUACUUGAUACACAAGACGAUCCAGACAAAAACUGUAGCCCAGUGUAUUGAGUAUUAUUAUAUCUGGAAAAAAAUGAUCAAGUUCGACUGUGGCCGAGCCUUGGGGCUAGAAAAGAGGGUCAAGAGAGAACCAGAUGAGGCAGACAGGACAGAAGCAAAGGCCACUUGCAGCCCUCGAGAGAGACCCAGUCACCGACCAACUCCCGAGUUAAAGAUAAAGACCAAGAAUUACAGGAGAGAGUCCAUCCUCAACUCCAGCCCAAACUCAGGCCCCAAGAGGACCCCUGAGCCACCUGGUAGCGUGGAGGGCCAGGGUGUUUUUCCCUGCAGAGAGUGUGAGAGGGUAUUCGACAAGAUCAAGAGUCGAAAUGCCCACAUGAAGCGGCAUCGGCUCCAGGACCAUGUGGAGCCCAUUGUCAGGGUGAAGUGGCCUGUGAAGCCCUUUCAGAUGAAGGAGGAGGAAGAAGAGGAAGAGGAGAUAGGGGCAGACAUUGGCCCCCUGCAGUGGUGA